AUGCAAUUUGAUGAAAAUGGAAAAGCUGUUAAACAAUACAUUGGAGAAGGUGAAGAUGGUCCAAUUAAUUCAUACCGUCAUAAUCCAUAUUCUUAUUUCAAUGAAGAAUUAAAUGCUAUUGAAGAGGGACCGGAUGGAUUCCCACAAUAUUCUAACAAGUUUGAUGGUCAAUAUGCAAAUAUUAGACCUGAAAUUUCAGCUAAGAAAUUCUUUAAAGUUGCUUUAUUCGAUCCAGUUUUCGCAAAUGUUAAAGAUGAACUUAAACAGCAAUUCCAACCAAUUAUAGUAGCAAGAAUUGCAUCAGGUGCUUUAUCUCAAGCAUUCAAAGAUUUAAUUAAGAAACCAUUAUAUCAGCAACGAGGUUUAACUUAUGAUUUAGUUAAGGAGUCAGAUAAAAGAAAAUUUGAGAAAUCAGAUGAUUAUAAGAAUGCAAUUAAUGAAUAUAUUAGGUCUAUUAAUUACAAUGAACCAGCUAAAAAUCAACUUCAAGAACAAAUACAGGGAAUAAUAGAUUCAAAACUUCCAGCAAAAUAA